GUCUCUGCAAUUCACCAGGCUUCAGUCAUGAGGAUCCAUUACCUCCUCUUCAUGUUUCUCCUGGUGCUGCUGUCACCUCUUGCAGUCUUUACUCAAAGAAUCAAGAAUCCUAUAACUUGCAUCACCAAUGGAGGCAUAUGCUGGGGCCCAUGUGGUUCAGGGUUUAAACAGAUUGGCACUUGUGGCCUUCCUAAAGUCAGGUGCUGCAAGAAAACCUAA